GGCAAAUUUAAGUGUUCGUACUAUUAGACGUCAUAGUCAGGCUCUGCAGCAGGUCGGUUAGUGAGGAGCUAGUGACAGGCCUUGUGUGUGGAUACGGGCUUAAAAUCAUGACCGUCGAUGAUUAUGAGGAACUGCUCAAGCAUUAUCAGCUGCAUGAGACCAUCGGAACAGGAGGAUUUGCUAAGGUCAAGCUUGGAACUCAUCUUCUCACUGGUGAGAAAGUCGCAAUCAAGAUCAUGGACAAGGAAUCCCUUAGGGAUGAUUUGCCUCGUGUCAAAACAGAAAUUGAAGCGAUGAAGAAUUUGAGCCAUCAACAUGUUUGUAGACUCUAUCAUGUUAUUGAAACCCCAAAGAAGAUAUUCAUGAUUCUUGAGUACUGUCCAGGUGGAGAACUAUUUGAUUACAUAAUUGCAAAAGACCGCCUAACUGAAGAUGAAGCUAGGGUGUUUUUCCGGCAGAUUGUAUCUGCUGUUGCUUAUAUUCACAGCCAAGGAUAUGCACACAGAGAUCUAAAACCGGAAAAUCUUCUUAUUGAUGAAGAUCAGAACCUGAAAUUAAUAGACUUUGGGCUUUGCGCAAGGCCAAAGGGUGGCAUGGAUUAUCAUUUAAUGACCUGUUGUGGAAGCCCAGCAUAUGCAGCUCCUGAACUCAUACAGGGAAAAGCUUAUAUUGGCUCUGAGGCAGACAUAUGGAGCAUGGGAGUGCUGAUGUAUGCACUAAUGUGUGGCUAUCUUCCAUUUGAUGAUGACAAUGUCAUGGCUUUGUAUAAAAAGAUAAUGCGAGGAAAAUAUGAAAUCCCAAAAUGGCUUUCACCUGGCAGUGUGCUGCUGCUUAGUCAAAUGCUUCAGGUGGAUCCCAAAAAAAGAAUUUCAGUGAAGCAUCUUUUGAGACACCCAUGGCUCAUGCCAGGUUACCACUAUCCUGUCGAAUGGUAUAGUAAAUGCCCUCUUGGAUACAUUGAUGAAGAUUGCAUUACAGAACUAUCAGUGUAUAACAAGCACAGUAAAGAAACCAUGUCUCGUCUCAUCUCUGAGUGGAAUUAUGAUCACACAACAGCCACUUAUCUACUGCUUCAAACUAAGAAAAACCGUGGGAAGCCUGUUCGUUUGGUACGCUCUUCAGCUGCUGUGGAGCCCUGUGGUUCAAGAUUUAAGGAGCUUAGGGCACGGAAUAAGUUGAGUUUUGACGAGGCGGAUAAUAAUGAACUCCCGUACGUGUUUGGAUCCAUGGAGUUCUCAGAUGAUGAGCUGUUUUUUGAAGACUGCACAUGUAGUGGCAUAGAACCGAUUACCAUUAAAGAGCGCACUAAGUUUCGUGCUGAAUUGGGCAGUGUUGAUUCUGAGCCUUCAACACCAAUGAAGCAAAAGACUCGAGUAAAAGAAGAUAAAGAAAACUCUGACUCAAAGCUAUCCAAGAACGAAGGUCCGUUCUUGCAUCCAGCACCUUGGACUCCUAUUACUAAGAAGAAAGGCAUACUGACCACCCCCAACAACAAUAUUCUGCUGCCUGGGAAAGAAAUAAAUUCUACCACCAAAGAGACUCCUAUGAAGAAAGCUGCCCAGCCCGACAGUGAGAUGACUGGUGUAAUCAGUCCUGAAAGGCGUUGUCGCUCUGUGGAUUUGGACUUGAAUCAAGCACACCUGGAUAGUGCUCAAAAGAAAAAAGGAGCAAAGGUAUUUGGGAGUCUGGAAAGAGGACUUGAUAAAGUAAUAACAAUGUUAACGCCAAGCAAACGAAAAGGAUGCACAAGAGAUGGACCCAGAAAGCUCAGGGCUCAUUACAAUGUAACCAUGAUAAAUCUACUGACUCCUGACCAGCUACUAAAUGAAAUAGUCAGAGUGCUGCCAGCGAAGAAUGUCGACUAUGUACAGAAGGGGUAUACUUUAAAAUGCAAAACACAGUCUGACUUUGGGAAGGUGACAAUGCAGUUCGAACUAGAGGUGUGCCAACUCAACAAGCCUGAUGUAGUAGGGAUCAGAAGACAGCGGCUUAAAGGUGAUGCCUGGGUGUACAAGCGACUAGUAGAAGACAUUCUUUCAAGCUGCAAGAUCACAGUGGUCUAGUUACUUCUGAGAAUUGUGUUUUUAGUGUACAUAGAAUACCAACAUUAAUAUUCCUGUUCUGUAUAAUAGUCUUGUAAUAUAAAUGUCAGAGAUAUUAGCUAGCUAUUGGGUUAAGUCAUGCGUAAGUAUGUGAAUAAAUGUAAAGUCAAUUGUCUUUUUAAU